AUGGCUGAGAAACAAAUAAAAAAUCGUGUGUGCAUUGUGGGUUCAGGAAACUGGGGAUCUGCGAUAGCAAAAAUCGUUGGUAAAAAUGCAGCGCGCCUUUCAAAUUUUGAAGACAGAGUCACAAUGUGGGUGUAUGAAGAGAUCAUUGAAGGCAAGAAGUUGACGGAUAUUAUUAAUGAAACACAUGAAAAUGUCAAAUACCUUCCAGGUCAUAAAUUACCAGAGAAUGUGGUUGCUGUACCGGAUCUAGUGACAGCAGCUAAAGAUGCUGAUCUCCUGAUAUUUGUUGUGCCACAUCAAUUUGUGAGGACACUAUGUUCUACACUUCUUGGACAAAUUAAGCCUACAGCAGCUGCGUUAUCACUUAUCAAGGGCUUCGACAUCGCUGAAGGUGGCGGUAUUGACUUGAUCUCGCAUAUCAUUACAAGAUGUUUGAAGAUUCCUUGCUCGGUACUCAUGGGUGCCAACAUUGCGUCAGAGGUAGCAGAAGAAAAGUUCUGCGAAACAACCAUUGGUUGUCGUGAUGUAAUGCUGGCCCCGCUGAUGAGGGACAUCAUCCAGACAGAGUACUUCAGGGUGGUGGUCGUUGAUGAUGAAGAUGCUGUUGAAAUCUGUGGUGCUCUGAAGAAUAUAGUGGCUGUUGGCGCUGGCUUCGUGGAUGGUUUAGGGUUUGGUGACAACACGAAAGCAGCAGUCAUCAGACUCGGUUUGAUGGAGAUGAUCAAAUUCGUCGAUGUCUUCUACCCAGGCAGCAAACUCAGUACCUUCUUCGAGUCCUGCGGUGUUGCCGAUCUUAUUACUACGUGUUAUGGUGGCAGAAAUCGUCGUGUAGCCGAAGCGUUUGUGAAGUCCGGCCGAUCGAUCAAAGAGCUGGAAGACGAAAUGCUGAAUGGACAGAAGUUGCAGGGUCCUAUCACCGCUGAGGAGGUUAACCACAUGCUUGCCAACAAGAAUAUGGAGAAUAAGUAA